AGUCAUCAACGGCGUCCAUCGAUGAAGAUCAGUCAUCGCUUUGUACUGGAUCCUAUCACGAUUUCUGCUUUCCAAUGCCCGAAACCUCCGCUACUGGUCCAAGCAUUAUCCAUGGCCUCCAUUCCCACUUCAAGCUAGCAUCCUCUACUUGGAACCCCAUUGUCGCAUGCAUUGGCCGGCAAGGAAGUCUUCCUACGAGACCUCCUCCCAUGAACCAUCCUUACAAUCGUCCAUUCCGAAAGUCUUCUGCUGGUCAGGCUUUUCAGUCUAACUAGGCUCACCAGUUCGCAUGGAGACUGAAGCCACGGAUACUUCGUUACACGCCGAUCGUGCUUGUAACUCAUGCCGGCUCCGCCGCGUCAAGUGUGACAAGAAACUCCCGGGGUGCUUUCGAUGUGAGAAGCUUGGGCGACCAUGCACGGGUUACGACCUCGAGCGGAAAUUCCUUGAUGAAGGGGCCAAGGUUCGAAGAAAGUAUGACGGGGCUUUCCAGAAUGCCAGUUCCAAUUCCAAUUCCAAUUCAUUGCCCAAUCCCAACCCCGAACCCAGUCCAAAUCCUAAUUCCAAUGGCCACGACCUCCCGGCGAACACAAUGCCUCCAUAUCAGAGAACAGGCCUAACCUCCAUUCCAACGCCCACAUCGCCAUCCCAGGUCUCCUCUAGAUUCCUCUCCGGUAUUCUGGCCGACAACACGUCGCCCGGUACACAACAAUAUUCCUCUCCUUCACGGGAUCAAAGCCCCAAACUAUCAAACAUCCUCCCACCUCUGACCCCCUCGCCGGCACUGACAUCGGCCUUCCCCGCAAACACAUUCAAGCCGAGUCCUUUGGGUAAUUCCAGGUACUCUACCUUUGACUUCCUGUCCAAUUCAGUCCCAUCAUAUGCUGCCACGGUACAGCCUGUCCAGCCGGUACAGCCAGUCCAACAAGGGAGCCCGCCUCUUGCUCUACCGACUGUUGCCAAUACGCUCCCGCCUUUCAGGCACGACCUUGGUCGGUACGCAGAUCAAGGACAACCCGAGCCAACCGAGCAUCCAACCGCGAAACUUCUCCGUGGUCAACAACAGUAUGCACCUUCGGAGAUUUCACUCGACUAUUCCGUCGACGAUGACUAUUUUGACCUUGACAUUGACAUGUACUACGCAAACGGUAACAAUGCCUGCGGUUUCAUCCCUGGUCUUCCGGUCAUUGCAUCGGAUGCUGCGGAGCCUGAGACCGACGACGACUUUCUGACCAGUGACUAUGCAUCGAUUGGCGGCAGGUCAGCAUCUACUGAUGGAUCUGAAGGGCGCCGUAAACGCACUGAAUAUAGUCAAAAAUACCUCAAUGAGCGGACUACCGAGUUAACUUGCUUGACACGGCACUUUGUACAGGCCAUAUCUCCCUGGCUUGACUUAUUUGACCUAGAUACCUACUUCAGCCGGAUUGUCCCUGUCAAGGCUGUCCAGAAUGUCAUGUUACGGUCGGCCAUGGCAGCGGUAGCUGCCAACCAAAUUGGGCAGCUGAUAGCCAACAAAGCCCCUCGAGAGGAUUUGGCUCAUCUCCUGCCAAUAAUAGACUCGGCCAACGUAGGAAUGCAACCGGCCGACUGGUUUUACAAAGCUGCCAACUACUACGACCGAGGGAUCUCGUACCUAAGGAUCUUCCUUCAGCGAUGGUUGAACAACCCAGGGAAUGAUCUGACUAGCUUGACGGGCCACGCCUCACGAUACAAUGCUCUUCGGAACUUCUCUGAGUCCGCGCAAGACAGCCACAAGAGUUUCAACUCGCCGAAUAAGCGUCGUCGACUCCAAGAACAAUCGCACGGGGCAGAUAUGGAACCAUUGCUGGCCGCUAUUUCGGUUUUGUCGCUGUAUGAAACGCUGGAUUCGUCUACAGAUGGGUGGUCGCAGCAUCUCGACGGGUUCAAGGCUCUGCUGGAGGCGAAGAUCCUCCCUCAAGCCAUGUCUGCUCCGCGGCCCAGAGGAGAUCCUUAUAUCUCGAUGAAAGCAGGUAGGGCUGCGUUUUGGAACUUUGCCCGCGCCGACUACAUUGCGGCGUACGUGAACAAUUCCAAGACCCGCCUUGACACGGAAAACCUGACCAUGUGGCGCGCGGCUGGACUGUCGGUCACGGAACAAGGUGUGUUGACAUAUGGGGCGCAGACGACGACCAAUGCUGGGUUGUCGUAUCUGCCUAGCGAUAGAGAAGAUUCGGUAGCUUGCUCACUCAUCUGGAUUGUGCUUCGCGUGAUGAAUUUCAUCGCUCCACAGGACGACCAAGUACCACCAUCCGGUGUGCCUGGCAGCGGGAUCCGAGGACCCCGCGGUGCGCCCUCAGCGGGAAGGUCGAUUCAACAACGGAUCGAAAAAUGGGGUCAUCUGCGACAGCAACUCCAGGAAUGGUACGACAGUCUUCCGUUUACGUUUCAGCCUUAUGCAACGAUGAGCACGACUGCACAGAGUGAUUCUGAGCCGACAGAAGAACACAAGAAUCGGUUUGUGAAAUUGUAUUACAGCGUGCCGUUGUGCGCGGCGGCGUUGCAAUUGUAUCAUUUUGCGCAGAUUCUUUUGGUGCUCAACCAGCCCGUCGAUGAGAAGGACGCAAAGCAUCUGGCCAAACGACUGCAGAUGUUCCGGAAGGUGUCGGAAGAAUCGGAGCACCACAGUCGGCGGAUUUGUGGCAUUGCAUUGGGCAAGCCUCCCCCAGCGGUUAGCCGGCAGAUGGUGCAUUCGCUAUACUUGGCCGGGGUCUGCUUUGAAGAGGACCAGGACCGAAAAGUGGUGGUAGACCUACUCCAUAAUGUUGAAAAGGAUACAGGGCUGUCGACAGCGCAACGGCUCAAGGAUCUGAGGGAACAAUGGGGUUGGCAGGACGAAGUCAUGGAGGUUUGAACGAGCGUUUGGGGUGACUGAUAAAUAUGUUGUUGCAGCGGGAGGCUUGGAUAUAUAUCUCGAUAACGACUUGAUUUGAGGUUCUUGUUGGGCUCAUGGCGUCCCAAGGCAGGUUGGGACUUAGGAAGAGGAUUUUGUCAUGCCGGCGCCGAGUGACUGCAUAUGAAAGGAUGAUUAUAUGACAUCUCAGACACGAUCAUGGGUGCUCCGACAAAACUGCGUAGUAGUGUAAAGAAGAAGGCAGAGAGAAUGGGAAUCUCAUGGAUUCUGAGAAAUAGCGGUUGAGUCAUGUUUGUUCGAGGAGAAUUGAUGCGGGCCAAGCAAGUG